UGCCUAACCCUGACAUGUGUCACACUGUCAGAAUCUUAUUUUUGGUGACCUUGGCUACUAGCACUGAGUUUGCAGGGCACUCGAUUCAGCAGCGACUAGAUUUAUUUCGAUAUAGACCAAAUUCCAAGUAAACAGGCAUAAUGGGUCACGGAUUCGGUGAAUUGUUCAAGAUGCGCGGUAUCAUCCAAUACCGCCUAUCGCCCUUUGAACAAAAAGCAUUUGCCAAUGUGGUUUCACAUGGCAUUCCCAACACUGUGAGAAGGAUGAGUUCAUCUUUCCUCUAUGUUGUACCUCCAUUUGUUAUCGGUUACCUAGUUUAUGACCAAAUUGAGAAAGCUCAUUACCAACUCAUGAGGAAGAAUCCUGCUGACUUUGAAAAUGAUAAGUAAAUGUAAAUAAAAUAUGCUGGUAGUGUCAUAAAGUUAUAAAUAAAUUAUAGUAACAAUA